CCUAUGCAGAUCUUCAAUAAAUUCAGUUAUGAGUGAGAUAAUCAAUCGCCGAGCUUUUUCAUCUCCAAAUGUGGCAAACCUCAUGACUUUCUUGGAUGAGGAGGAAGAUUAUUGGGAAGAGGUGCAAGCCAUUCUUUUAGAUGAACGUGUCUUCGCAUUUCAAGCCACCUUACAUAAGAGACCACGUCGCACUAGACCAUUCACCGGGCAUCAACUAAUUAUGGAUAUUUUACAAGGACAUCCCGACAGAGGGUACCAACAUUUCCGAAUGUCCAACACAACAUUCAUUAGACUUCGCGAUGAAUUGGUCGGUCGAGGUUUAAUACAAGGCACUCGUCAUCUUACGGCCGAUGAACAACUCGGAAUUUUUUUAUUUGGUGUCGGGCAUGGAGUAACAAAUAGAGUGUUGGCAGAAACAUUUCAGCACUCGGGGGAGACUAUAAGUAGAUACUUUAAUAAUAUCUUGCGUGGUGUGGUCGAACUUAGACAUGACUAUAUACAAUUGCCAAGUAGUAAUAUUGGAAUGCACCCAAAAAUUAGAGAUAAUCCAUUAUUCCAUCCAUUCAAGAAUGCAAUUGGCGCUAUAGAUGGGACACAUAUACCAGUGAUUGUAAAAAAGAGCAAGCAACCACGAUAUCGAUGUCGCAAAGGAUAUACAUCGCAGAAUAUGAUGGCCGCCUGCUCGUUUGAUCACCAAUUUUUAUUCAUAUGCACUGGAUGGGAGGGAUCUGCAGCUGAUAUGAGAGUGCUGCGAUGGUGUUGUGAGAGCGGCGAUUUCAUGGUUCCCGAAGGAAAAUUUUACUUGGUCGAUUCAGGUUAUGCAAAUACUGAUCGGUUCCUCGCGCCUUUUAGAGGUGAGCGAUAUCACUUGAGCCAAUUUGACGGUAAUACAAGGGCGCGUACACAUCGAGGACCGCGAGAUCUAUACAAUCAUAGACAUGCACAAUUCCGAAAUGUUGUUGAGAAGGCAUUCGGGAUUUUGAAGAAGCGAUUCAAGGUGCUUCGCCAAGCCACUCCGUUUCCCUACAAGGUGCAAUGCCGCAUUGCGCUAGCAUGUUGUGUUAUCCAUAACUUUAUUAAGAGGCACCAAGGAAGUGAUAUAUACUUCAAUAUGCAAAUGGAGCCAAAUCCCCUUGAAGAGCAAGAAGAGGAUCCUACACGUCUCGUUGGGAUUGAUGAGUCGCGUCAGGGCGACACUCUUCGCACUAUGAUCACCGAGCAAUUGUGGAAUAGUCGAUAGGAUAGUUUUGUUGACUUUGUAAUGAAAACUCUACUUGCAUUAGCUUCCUCUGACUUCCAUUAGUAUUUUAUUACCUCGUAGAGACUUGUAUGUCUAUUUGGAAGUUAACUGCAGUUAUCAUCUAUAGUUUUCAGUUUGUAUGACACAGGCUUAUAUGUUUAGCUAAGAUAUUAAUAUUGGACUUCA